UUGUUUAUUAAAAAAUCAAAAACCCCCAUGAACAGAGUUUCCUGGUUGUUUCAGUAAAAGAAGAACUAUCUCUUUCUCAUAGAAACCCGAAACCCGAUUUCUGAAUUUUUUUGGUUUCUCUUGUUCUUUCCUCUUGAUUCGCAGGUUUUGGUCCCACACUUUUCCCUGAAAUUAGAAAAAAGUUUCCUUUUUUUUCGUUCUGGGGAUAUUUGGUUCUUUCUUUGAAUUCCUCGAAUGUCGAGCUGAUUCUCGAGUGUCAAAUUAUUGAGGGUAAAUUUAAAACUUUCAUUGACGAAAGAAAGUUCAUUGAACCUUAGCUCUUACGUUGCGUCUCAAAUCUCAUUCUCACCCACAUAAAAAUAAAAAUAAAGUUUGGAUUUUUAUUCCCCGGAUUGGGUUUGUGUAAUUAAAGGAAAAGACUUUCCCCUUUACGUUUAAUUCACCAACCAUUAAGAUCGUUGAUGACGAUUCCUCUACUUUUUCAAUUCCUAGACAUCGUCGUGUUCGAUUAGUAUUGGUUACUUCAUUCUGACUUCGAACAAUGGCUGCUAAGAGAUCUAUUACAGAGUGGAGCUGUUCUAAGAUCUACUGUCUCCUUCUUCCUCUGCUCUUGUCUUUACUGAUUUGUACUCCUUCAGUCUCCUUUGCUGCUACUAACCCUGAUGAUGUUGCUGCAAUUAACGGCUUAUUCGCCGCUCUUCGUGGACCUAUUCUUCCUGGUUGGAUUGCUUCUGGUGGAGACCCAUGUGGUGAAGCUUGGCAAGGGGUUAUCUGCAAUGGUUCAGCUAUAAUAAGCAUAACUGUAAAUGCCGCGAAUUUGGAAGGAGAGCUUGGUGACAACUUAGCUAAGUUCACUUCUAUCAGGGGAAUAGACUUCAGCAACAAUCGCAUUGGAGGAAUCAUACCUUCUAAUUUGCCGGUUACAUUGCAGCAUUUUUUUCUUUCAGCUAAUCAGUUCACCGGAAGCAUCCCCGAAUCUUUAGGAACAUUGAGUUUUCUGAAUGACAUGUCUUUAAACGAUAACCUUCUCUCAGGAGAGCUACCUGAUGUGUUUCAAAACCUUGUUGGGCUGAUUAAUCUAGAUAUAUCAACUAACAAUCUAAGCGGCACAUUGCCUCCUUCAAUGGAGAGUUUAUCAACUCUUACAACAUUACGUGUUCAGAACAAUCAGCUAUCAGGAACUCUAGACGUUCUUCAAGGCCUUCCUCUUCAUGACUUAAACAUAGAGAAUAACCUCUUCUCUGGACCCAUACCGGAAAAACUCCUAGGCAUUCCGGCAUUCCUGGAAGGAAACCUGUUCAAUUCCACCACAAUUGCACCAUCAAUGUCUCCGUCUAUAUCUCCAACAAAACCAGCUCCAACGCGACCAUUUUUUGGAGUUCCACCACCUCCUGCAACUGAGAGGAAUCGAGGGAAAGCUGCUCAUGGACCUUCUGCUUCAGAAGGAUCGACCUCCAGGAAUUCAAAAGCGCAAAACAACUCUUCACAUACUAAACGGAUAGUCCUCAUACUAGAAACGGGCUCCUGUACUGCCACCACCUGUCGAUCUGAAAAAGUGCCUUUCACGAAAGCUGGAGAGGAACCAAAGGUGUUACAUGACCUUGGUAGGUUGCAGAGACCUGCACCGCCUAUAUCACGACAAGAAAGUCAAGAUAUUGACUUUUCAAUGUUGAUGCCUCCACCGCCUCCUCCUCCUCCACCACCACCACCUCCUCCUUUGGCUGAGAAGGUCACCGUUAUGCCAUUAAACUCUCCCGAAAGACCCUUCAAGAAGCCUUCCCCUAAAACACGCUUACCCUCUACUUCUGUGAAGCACUAUUCCAUUGCAUCUCUUCAACAGUACACAGAAAGCUUCUCUCAGGAAAAUCUCCUUGGCUCAGGCAUGCUCGGGAGUGUUUACAGGGCUCGGCUUCCCAAUGGAAAGCUGUUUGCUGUUAAGAAGUUGGACAAGCGGGCUUCUGAACAACAACAGGAUAAUGAAUUCAUCGAACUAGUGAACGACAUAGAUAGGAUUCGCCAUGCCAAUAUCGUGGAACUUGUGGGUUACUGUGCUGAGCACGACCAAAGACUAUUGAUCUACGAGUAUUGCAGUAACGGUACACUACAAGACGGGUUGCAUUCAGACGAUGAAUUCAAGAAGAAACUUUCGUGGAAUACACGUGUCAGAAUGGCACUUGGAGCUGCUAGAGCCCUUGAGUACUUGCAUGAGGUGUGUGAACCACCUAUCGUACACAGAAACUUCAAAUCAGCCAAUGUUCUACUCGACGAUGAUCUGAGUGUUCUUGUCUCAGAUUGUGGUUUGGCCCCAUUAAUAUCAUCAGGCUCUGUGAGUCAGUUAUCAGGACAAUUGCUAGCGGCUUACGGAUAUGGAGCUCCAGAAUUCGACUCAGGAAUCUAUACAUGGCAGAGUGAUGUAUACAGUUUUGGUGUUGUUAUGUUAGAACUCUUGACGGGUAGAAUGUCCUACGACAGGGACCGGAGUAGAGGAGAGCAGUUCUUAGUGAGGUGGGCAAUCCCACAACUUCAUGAUAUCGAUGCAUUGGGAAAAAUGGUUGAUCCAUCUCUUAACAGACAAUACCCUGCAAAGUCAUUGUCACACUUUGCUGAUAUAAUCUCCCGGUGUGUUCAGUCUGAACCAGAAUUCAGACCAUUGAUGUCUGAAGUAGUUCAAGAUCUUCUAGAUAUGAUCAGAAGAGAGCGUCAUGGUUCAGGCGAGCCUAGCGCAGACUAGUGAAUUGUAAAGAAGCAUUAUUUUUCCGGAUGAUCUCUGUGAAUUUGCGGGAACAAGAGAUGUUCAGUUCUCAGAAACAACAACAACGAAAGGGUCUAAACCAAAGACAUAAAAUGAGUCAUCAUAUCCUGAGGAGUGAGCAGGUUCUGCAGCUUAAAAGAGGUUUAUUUCAUGUGAAAUGGCUCAAGGAAAAUAUCAAUGUGCUUGCUUCCAGUCGCUGAUGAUUCGAUUGGUGGGGAGUUUCGUUAUUUUUCUUCUUCUGUGAAUCUCGGAUCAUCCUUAUUUGUAAUUGUAAUAUUUGUUUGUUGAAGACCUCUAGUAUAAAAUUGUGUGUUUACUUGAUUCUUUGAACUUGUCUGUACUUAAAAGAUCAUAGAAUUUUUUCUGUGUUGUAUUCUUUUUAGUGUGUGUUUGUGCCUGUAACAUAUUAAUCUAAAACACAAUGUAGGUCCAAUUAACUGAAUCAAACGGAUCUUACUU